AUGAAGUUCUAUGGAGAGAACGUCGACUUGAUUCUUGAUGAGUUCAGCUCACUUUGCGAACAAAUGACCAGCACAAUGACCAUGGACGACAUGUACGGUGUAGGCAACCAAAUCCUACGUGAGCUCAUCAAGAGUGCAUCCAGGGUACAGAAUGGUGAUCAGGAAAAAGGUUUCCAUGGAAUGUGUAUGACCAAGAAUACGUCGGAGGCUAGCAAGCGCGACAUAGUCAAGAAUAUCAGCCCUCACAUAGCUAACUUCAAUUAUUCUAUCCAUACUCCCACUAUCUCGAUGGGUAUCGAUAACAAUGUUAUCAAAGUCUAG